AUGGGCAAUAACCUACCAGAAGACGUGGAAUCCUAUCUUAAAGAACUAGUCAAGCGUCUUACUGAGUACCUCAAAGACCAGCUCGUCGGCGUGUACUUAUUCGGUUCAGCAAGUUAUGGUGCUUAUGAGUCUGGCCUCAGCGACCUUGACGUGCAGGCUAUAGUAAAGAAUUCGCUUGAUACCGUUGAUAAGCAGGCAGUUAUAAGCUGCAUCAACCAGGAUGCAUUACCUUGCCCGGCUACCAAACUUGAAUUCGUGGUCUAUGCUCAAGAUGCUGUGAAUCCGGCCAGUCGUCAUCCUUGUUUCGAACUCAAUUUGAACACAGGACCUCAUCAAUCUGAUUAUAUUUGUCUUGACCCCGCUAGCGAGGCAAGCCGUUGGUUCUUACUUGAUAUUGCUAUGGGACGUGAACUUGGCCGUAACUUGUACGGCCUAGAUAAAACCGACGCUUUCAGCGCCUUGCCCCGACGCUGGAUCUUAGAAGCAAUCACGAAUUCGCUCUACUGGCACCAAGCAAAUGAAUUAAACUCAGCCAACAGUGUUUUAAACGCUUGCCGAGGCUGGCGAUACAUCAUUACAGGAGAAUUUUCUUCGAAACUAGAUGGGGCCAAAUGGGCUAUACAACAACAGGGUUGUCCGGACGUUGUUAACCGUGCUAUUGCAGCGCGUAAAGCAGGAGAAAGUCUUCCUACAGCCCAGGUAGUGACGCUAUACGAUAUUGUUAUAAAGGCCAACUUGAGGGCUUGCCCUAUAUAUGGCAGCACUUGA